AUGGUGGACUACUCAAAGUUCGAUCGCAUCGUCGCCGACGCGAGCGACGACGAGGACGAGGCGCGAACGCGCGCGACGCCGAACGUGACGAGACUGGAUGCUGGGACGAAAAUCACAUUCGGAAACGGACGCGCGACGAUCGCGACGCGCGCGGACGCGGACGACGACGACGACGGCGAUCGCCGGGAGCGCGACGCGGACGCGCGCGGCGCGAACGAGGGCGCGGAGGGGACGAUGAGCGAACGGGAGCUGCGCGCGGCGCUCGAGGCUCGGGACGCGGCGGCGGCGCGGGACGCGGCGCGAGCGACGCCGAGCGCGCGCGGCGACGACGUCGCCGGCGCGCGAGGCGCGAAUCGGGAGACGUGUUUGACGAAGAUGACGCGGAACGGUGGGGUGGUUCUGGACGCCGGGACGAAGGAGGAGCGGUAUUAUUGGCGGCAGGACGCGAGCGAGGCGACGCUGAGCGUCGUCGUGGCGCCCGGGACCAAGGCGAAGGACGCGCGCGUGCGCGUGACGGCGACGGAGGUGGAGAUCAGUGUGCUGAAUCGCGAGACCGGGGCGAGUGAGGUGGUCUUACGAGGUGAGUGGGCGCAUGAGAUCGACCCCGAGCCGCGCGACGAGGACGACGAGUACGCGCCGACGACGUUCGGCGACUGGGAAAUCACAGAUUUUGAAGGCGCGGACGCGCGUCGCGUCGUGCGCGUCACCGUGCGCAAAAAAGCUUCCCAAAUGUUGACGCACUGGUGGCGCUCGUGCAUCAAAGGCGCGCCCGAGGAGGAUCCCUCGACGUUUGAGGAUCGAAAUUCGUCUCGCGCGGAAGCCGGGCGUCGCGCGUGGGAGGAAGCGCAGGAAAUGUUUCGCGAGCGCGUGAAAACCCGGGAAAAAGUCGAAAUCGACGCGCACGAUUAA